UCUAAAUCAUUCCCUUACACCUAGAAUUAGAAGCCCAUCUGGUCCAGAAGGGGAGUGAUUGAUCAGUGAAGCAGAGGAAAACAGAGAAGUAGAUAGUGAAGGAAGAAGGAGAACAGAGGGUCUAAGAUGUUGUCGUGCAUAGCGUGCACGAAGCCGUCGGCGGAUGACGAAGGGGAGGAGGUCGGCGGCGGAGUAGCGUCGGCGCGUGGAGGGAGUGAUACUCCCAAUACUAAAGAAGCCGUCAAAAGCCUGACGAAUCAGAUCAAGGACAUGGCACUGAAGUUAUCAGGCACAUACAAGCAAUGCAAGCCCUGCACAGGAGGAUCAUCCAGCAGCAACUACAAGAAAGGACACCACCGCCCUUACCCUGACUUGGAUGCAGCCUCGGAAGGAGGCGUUCCAUAUCCUUACUUCGGUGGCGCGGCAAGCUCCAGUUCCACGCCGGCAUGGGACUUUCCUGGCCGCGGCGGCGGCGGAGGGAGAAGCGACACCAGAUUCGCUUCAGGGGAUUCAUGCGAUGUGGUGAUCGACGAUGAGCCCAAGGAAUGGAUGGCUCAGGUUGAACCCGGCGUCCACAUUACCUUCGCUUCCCUCCCCAAUGGGGGCAAUGAUCUCAAACGGAUUCGGUUCAAGGGUUUGUUUUGAGUUGUGUUUUUGAAGCCGGGAGAUGUUCAACAAGUGGCAAGCGCAGAGUUGGUGGGGCGAGAACUACGACAGGAUCAUGGAGCUUUACAAUGUGCAGAGAUUCAACAACCGCCAGUCUCUCAACACUCCUCCAAGGUCUCAAGAUGAGCAUAGAGAUUCUACUUAUUCGAGAUUAGGCUCUGCAAGGGAAAGCCCCAUGGCGCCAAGGAACUACUACAGGCCAUCUCCUGGGAUGAUGGAACAGGGCAGCAGCCACCAUUACCCUCCCGGUUACGGUCUGGGAGGCGGCCCGAGAGGCGAGGCUUCCUCGAUGGAAGCCUCGAGAACCACAACCUCUUCGCAAGACGAGCCGUCCAUCUCGGUGAGCAAUGCCAGCGAUUUGGAGGCGGAGUGGGUCGAGCAAGACGAGCCUGGAGUGUACAUUACCAUCAGACAACUCGCGGAUGGUACCAGGGAGCUCCGGCGGGUUCGGUUCAGUCGAGAAAGAUUUGGGGAAGUGCAUGCUAAGUCAUGGUGGGAGGAGAACAGGGAUAGAAUACAAUCUCAAUACCUGUAGAGAGAGAGAGAGAGAGAGGGGGGUUUGGAACAGAGUAAAGGUAAAAACUUUUUAACAGCAUCUCAAAGGAAGUGGAGGGUUGCAGAUUGGAUAUCCUCCAGGGAAAGAUAUGAUAUGAGUUGAGUGUUCUUUCUUUCUUCCAAGUUGUGUUCACACAGUUCACUGGACAUGUGCUUAGAAAAGAAAUUACGGCAAUUGGGAAGAACAUUGGCUGAAAGAGUAAAAGUGCAGCGUUACUGGAUGCCCGAUUUUUUGCCUGGAAUGUGAGUGUAACCAUUGUAAUUCUUUCUACGUCACUGCGAUCUUUAGGGGGGGAUAACUUGUUCUUUCAUCAAUAGAAACUUUAUAUAGCUCAAAAGGAAAUGGAAUGGGGGAUGUAUAUUAUUAUUUGGUGAGGUUGACACAAUGCACCAUUGUCGAUGAAAGUAUUAUUCGUAUCAAAGGAUGAAAUGACGGAGUUAUAAGUCUGUCUAA